AUGAAGCGAAAAAGAUCCCCUGUUCAGACUAAGCUUAACUUCCAAAUACCAAACAAAUGCAAGACAUGCCCAGAAUGCAAAAAAGAAAUUGAUAAUAAACUUUUCGAAUUUCACGCAGGAUCUUCUGAUUGUAAAGAGAAUCUUACCCAAGAGCUAAAACCAAAUAUCGCGCCAUCUCCAAUAUCUACUACCCGCUUUACACAAAAAUCAUUCACUUCUCCUAAUCCUUCUUCUUUAAAUGCUUAUGAUAUUCUUAUGAGUACUCCUCAAGCCAAUCUAAGCCAAAGUUUCAAUUUAUCUUACCUUGGCGAAUCCUCAGGACGGCAAAAAUGGGCUUGCUUAAUAGAAAAUAAGCCAUCAGGGACCUUUAUUUCAAGGAAAUAUUUUUUAAAAGAAUCCUCCCAUGACCCUUGCCAAAUUAUUUUAACUGCUUCUACUUCCCAUCAAGCUAAAUCCCCUUUAUCAUUUUAUGAUUUUUUUAGAUUACAAGCAUUUUCUCCCAGCAUAAUAAAAUCAUGCUUACAAAAAAGUAUUAGACAAGGCAUCAGAAAUAAAGCAAUAAAAUUAGCCUUUCAAAUGGCAGUAAAUUGCGGGUAAAAAAUAAGUAGAAUAAGAGAAUUGUGUAGAAGAUUAUGCAUAAUUGUGCUAGAAGACAGCUUACUGCACCCAGAUUACCCACUAUUAGUAUGAUGCAUGGUAGCUGGAGAAGAAUAUCAAUUUUCUCAAGAAAUUCUGGAAAGCAUAAUUCAGAUUGUAGCUGAUAUUUCAACUGUAAGCUAUAGAGAUUAUAUAUAUGUGGAAAAAAGGAAUAAUUUGUUUACUCAGUGAAACAGCUCUAAUGAUAUUGUUAAAGCAAUUUUGAUAAGAACUUAUUAUAAAGGUAUGAAAGGAGAUAUGGAAAUGCUGUCUGUAAUAUAUAUUUAGAGAUAUGCAAUGCAGUGGAUGGAGAGAUUCAAUGCUAACAAUGAGUGGAUUGAAAUUAUAAGAAAAAUAUAUUAUGAACUGCCAAUUUGGACAGAAAUAGAAAUUAAUGGAGGAUUAAAGAUAGAAGAUAUCCCAUUACAAGGCAUCGACUUCCAUUGCUCAAACAUGGUAUUUUAGAUGCAGCUUGAUAUAUUACUUGAAGAUCAAAUAUUUAUAGCACAGCUUGAGGAAGCUUUAAAUAAGCCAAGAAGUCAACUGAAAGACUAUUUGCAUGAAGCAAUUUGGACUCAAAGAAGUGGCGUUAAUUAUAGGAAAUAUUUUAAUGAAUACUCAUCAGAAUUAGCUACAAGCUUACCAGCUCCAGAUCAAGAUCAACCAGAGCCUGAUGAAGUGUUUAAUAGUCUUGUUUUACCAAAAAUAAACGAAUUUUCGUCAGGAGAAAUUUCAAAAAGAUUUAGAAAAUCUCUAAAAUUAUUGAAUCAGGCUUAA